AUGGCCAAGAUCCUGCCUCUCGCGCUCGCGUGCGUUGCGCCCCGGCUUGCUGUCGGAGCGACGGUCAACUACGACUUUACUGUCGGUUGGGUCACGGCCAAUCCUGACGGUGCUUUCGACCGACCCGUCAUCGGCAUCAAUGGAAAAUGGCCCAUCCCCCAGAUUGAGGCCAACAUUGGCGACAACAUUGUCAUCAAUGUGCACAACGACUUGGGCAACCAGUCUACUUCGCUGCACUUUCAUGGGCUGUUCAUGAACGGGACCACGCACAUGGAUGGUCCGGCCCAAGUCUCGCAAUGCCCCAUCCCACCGGGCUCCUCAUUCCUCUACAACUUCACAAUUACCCAGCCGGGCACAUACUGGUAUCACUCACACACCAUGUCCCAGUACCCAGAUGGACUCCGCGGCAGUCUGAUCAUCCAUGAUCCGGACAAUCCUUAUGCUGGGGAUUACGAUGAGGAGAUUGUCUUGACGCUCUCAGAUUGGUAUCAUGAGCAGAUGCAGAACCUCAUCCCGCCGUUCAUGAGCAAGACGAACCCCACCGGUGCGGAGCCCGUGCCGAAGGCAGCGUUAAUGAAUGAGACGCAGAACCUCACCAUCUCGAUUCAACCAGGCAAGACCUACUUGAUGCGUGUUAUCAACAUAGGUGCUUUCGCUGGUCAAUAUCUAUGGUUUGAGGGGCAUAAUAUGUCCAUUAUUGAAGUUGAUGGUGUAUACACUCAGCAGGCGACCGCCGAAAUGAUCUAUCUUUCCGUCGCCCAGCGCUGCAGUUUCCUUCUCACAACCAAGAACUCCACCAACGAGAACUUCGCUAUCGUCGGCAGCAUGGACACGACGUUGUUCGACACUCUGCCAGAUGACCUUAAUUGGAAUGUCACAGGCUGGUUGGUAUACAACGAGACUAACUCACUUCCGGAGCCGGCAUUGAUCGAUGAGCUCAAUCCUUUUGAUGAUAUGACAUUGGUACCGCACGACGAAUUGGCACGUUUUGCCGAACCUGACCAGACCGUUGAGCUCAACGUCAUCAUGGACAACUUAGGUGACGGUGCCAACUACGCGUUCUUCAACAACAUCAGCUACAAGGCACCGGUGGUUCCGACAUUGUAUACUGCACUAACAACUGGUGAUGAUGCCGAAACUGCCGAAGUCUACGGUGACUACACCCACAGCUUUGUUUUGAAGAAGGACCAAAUCGUUCAAAUCGUGGUCAACAACCUUGAUUCCGGGCGCCAUCCGUUCCAUCUCCACGGGCAUCACUUCCAGUCUCUCUACCGCGGUGAAGAGGAGAGCGGUACUUUCGCAGACUCGAACAUGACCGAGAGCGACUUUCCCGCAGUGCCUAUGCGCCGGGAUACUCUCGUCCUUUGGCCCGAUGGAAACAUCGUCCUUCGCUUCAAGGCAGACAACCCAGGCGUAUGGCUGUUCCAUUGCCAUAUUGAGUGGCAUGUUACCUCUGGGUUGCUGGCAACCUUUGUGGAGGCACCGCUGGAGAUCCAGAAGUCGCUCACCCUCCCGCAAAACCACCUCGAUGCUUGUACCGCAGGAAACGUACCUGUCUCGGGUAAUGCUGCGGGCAACACCAAAGACCUGCUGGAUCUCAGCGGACAAAACGCGCCUCCCGAUCCGCUCCCGGCUGGGUUCACGACGAGGGGAAUUGUCGCAUUUGUUUUCAGCAUCAUCUCAGGUGUACUUGGAAUCUGCGUUGUGUGUUGGUAUGGUAUGGCGAACCACGUCACAGAUACCAACAGCGCCGCAUCGACGAUGUUGAAUGUUCAAGAAACAUCUGGCGCAGCCACGGAGGGCGAAACUAAGCGACCUGCCGGUACGACUGACAACUAG